UUCCACGUGAUUCGUGAUCCCUGCCAAGAGCAACAUCGGGGAGAAUCGUUGGCCUUUCUGCUAGUUUCGUGAUUUCCGAAUUUACGAACAAACCAACACAAUGUCGCUCGGCACCACUUUCUACAACAUCUUCCUGAAGCGAUCAUCCACGUUUAUGGUCACAAUUAUUGGCAGCGCAUUCUUCUUCGAGAGGACCUUUGACAUUGCUGCUGAUCAAAUCUUCCGCAGCAUCAACAAGGGAAAAUUGUGGGAUGACAUCAAACACAAAUAUGAAAAGUGAAGAGUAGUUGUUGAUUAUUAGUGCAAAUAAGCAAAAUGUGAAAACUUAAAGAAUAAAUAAGUUUAUUGCCUUUUUACAAGUUUGUUGCUUUGUUGAUGUUGAAAAUCUUAUUUAUUUCUGGAUUAUUAUAAAAAGAAAUGAUAAAAUUAUUUACAGACUAAAUAACAGAAUCUGUUGUUAUUUCUAUUAUUGUCAGCUUUGCAAAGCCUGAACUUGUGUUGGAUCCGUUACAUCAAUAUCAUUAACAUCUCUAUUCAGAAAUUCAAAGGGAGGCCCAGAGCUUGUGAUUUCUGCACUACCCAAGCACUGUUCUCCAGCGUAUAAAACAGCGUACUAAAAAAAUUCAAAAAUACAGUUAAAUUAUGAGAUCAACUUAAGAGUGACUGAAUAUUCAUGUAUACUUUACCUGACCAGGAGUAAUAGCCCUCUUAGGUUUGUACAGUCGAAUAAGCAAUUUAUUACUGGUAGUUUUGAAAACUGAACAAGGCACUAAAAUGUUACGAUGUUGAAAUCGAAAAUCACAGUCGUAAACCUUUCUAUUUUUUAGUUCUAAAGGUUCUUCGUUUAUCCAAUGUACAUUGGAUGCAACUAAAAACUCUGAGAACAAUGCAGGAUGUGAGCUUCCAGCAACCUAAAAUAUUUAUACAAUUUUAAUUUUGUUAAAAAAAUUGAGGAAAUAUUAAUCAAUACGUACCA